UGUUCCAUCGUACAAAAUAAGCACUUUUCAGUAAAAAGAAAUUCCUUUUGCCUGUGCACAGUACAUAACGCUCUUGUUGUUUUUUUAUUGCUGGUGUGCCUGUUAUGUUACUGGGUGUGGAAAAAGACAGCUAAGCUUUUGUUUUAUGUGGGGAAAAUUGUGCUGUGGAGGCAAGAUGAUUUCUUAUACCAAUAUCUACAGAUACUGUUCUCCUUGCAGAAAAAAUAUAAAACCACUGCAUCCCGGAGUCUCUCUAUAAAGAUCAACCUGCUGAAGACAGCGACAGUGUUACUGGCAGGACAGAAGGAGCACAGGAAGGUGGAGAGAGAAAAGGCACUGAAAGAGCGUGCUCCCCCCCUCAAGCUGUCAGGAUUGACUGUGCAGGAGCUUCAGGAGCUUUGCAAAGAACUUCACCGCAAGACUGAUGUUGUUGAUGAAGAAAGAUAUGAUAUUGCUGCCAAAGUCAGCAAAAAUGAAGCAGAGAUUCAGAAUCUGUUGCAGAAAGUCUUUGAGCUGAAGGGAAAAAUGAAGAGACCCAACCUGAAAAGGGUUAGGGUGUCUGCUGAUGCCAUGCUUGGCACCUUGCUGGGCUCCAAACACAAGGAGUCCAUGGACUUCAAGGCCAACUUCAAGACCAUCAAGAACGAGGAGGAGAAGAAGGAGGAGCUGACGGACUGGUGCAAGAAUGUGGAUGCCCUGUCUGGGAUGGAGGGAAGGAAGAAGCUGUUUGAUGUUGCCCAAUAAAGAGUAGUAGAUUCAAUGGUCUUUGGAUUAUCUGCAAGGACUCACACCAACGUGCUUCAAACAGAUGCAACCAAUAUUAAAAUUGAAGGAAAUGUAUAUGUUUGCUUUUUCUGAAUAGUUUUUUUUUAAUACUUUACUACAAUGCAUAAACCCAUUGUGCUGUGUCCUGAAUGCAGUAAUUUGAAUGUAAAUUUAAAUAUUAUUAUUCAGAUUAAACUAUUUUUUUAUAAAACACAUUAACACUUGUUGAUGUUUGAAAUACUGCACUCUUUUUCUGUUACAUAGCUGACUAUGUGUACAGCCCCAACAAAAGAUACACAAGUAAAGUUCAUUAACCCCAAUGAUCCCUAUAAAACUUUGUGUUAUUUAGGAUGUGCAUGUGUUUUAAUAAAAUAUUGAUUGUAUACCA